CUCCCCUGGCUCGAGAUACAGCUAUUCAGUCACAGACCACACAGUUAGAGUUACAGUCAUAAAGUUGGGUCUUAUUUGCAAUAUUUUUUGUUCAAUUGCUUUUCCUUGAACACGUUGAACAUGUUUCAACAUUUCACUGGAUUUGUUUAUCUCUUCGCAGUUUCACAGCUUGUGAGUCUCGCAGGUGCACAAUCUAAAUGUCCUCUUCAGCUCGACCCACAGAGAGUUGUUGUGAGAUACGGCGAUUCUGUUGCAGUUAACUGUAACACUUCAGUCCUGCAUAAAGGGAUGGGUUGGGAAGCCAGUGAGGGAGUAGUGCCCGUGACCAAAGACCAGAAUCUGAUCACAUGGAGAGUGUCAGAACUGACAGAAUGGGACAUAAAGCCAUUCUGCUUCAUAAAUCCAAUUCAUAGUGCACAGUGUAAAGUAGAUCUCCCAGUCACCGUUUACAAGACUCCAGACAGUGUGUUCAUCAGCACUGUGAAUCACAGAGGACCAAUGAUGGAGAGACAGCGGUAUCAGCUCCAGUGUGACGUUCACAAUGUGGCUCCUGUUAAGUAUCUCACUGUCAAAUGGUACAAAGGACAGACUCUGCUGCAUCAUACCACCUUCAAUGACACCAUCGAGACUCCAGAGAAUGAAACUGUCACACUCCUGAUCCGUCCAGACAGAGCUGAUGAUGGAGCUCAAUACUGGUGUGAAGUAGAGCUGGAUCUGGGAGCAGAAGGACCUCAACUUCAUCCUACAAAUUCAUCAAAACCUCUCAGCAUUGCUGUAUAUUAUAAACCAAAAAUCAAUGAGACCAAACUGCCCUCAGUAGUGCGUGUGCUUCGAGGCUAUCCAGAAGUGCUUGUUUGUGAAGCCGAGGGAAAUCCAAAACCAACAAUCAGCUGGAGCGUCAGUUCAAAUGACAACAAGAACAGUGAAACUCUUACUAUAACAGAGUCAACACCUGAGAAUGUGUCCUGCACUGCAAGAAAUACUGUUGGCAGUACCACCAGACAUGUAAAAGUGUCCAUACAAGGUGCACAAUCUGAAUGUCCUCUUCAGCUCGACCCACAGAGAGUUGUUGUGAGAUACGGCGGUUCUGUUGCAGCUAACUGUAACACUUCAGUCCUGCAUAAAGGGAUGGGAUGGGAAGCCAGUGAGGGAGCAGUGCCCAUGACCAAAGACCAGAAUCUGAUCACAUGGAGAGUGUCAGAACUGACAGAAUGGGACAUAAAGCCAUUCUGCUUCAUAAACUAUAAAAUAGACUAUUUUGUACAGUGUAUAGUAGAGCUCCCAGUCAAAGUUUACAAGACUCCAGACAGUGUGUUCAUCAGCACUGUGAAUCACAGAGGACCAAUGACGGAGGGACAGCAGUAUGAGGUCCAGUGUGACGUUCACAAUGUGGCUCCUGUUCAGUAUCUCACUGUCAAAUGGUACAAAGGACAGACUCUGCUGCAUCAAACCACCUUCAAUGACACCAUCGAGACUCCAGAGAAUAAAACUGUCACACUCCUGAUCCGUCCAGACAGAGCUGAUGAUGGAGCUGAAUACUGGUGUGCAGCAGAGCUGGAUCUGGGAGCAGAUGGACCUCAACCUCAUCCUACUUAUUCAGCAAAACCUCUCAGCAUUGCUGUACAUGGUGCACAAUCUGAAUGUCCUCUUCAGCUCGACCCACAGAGAGUUGUUGUGAGAUACGGCGGUUCUGUUGCAGUUAACUGUUACACUUCAGUCCUGCAUAAAGGGAUGGGAUGGGAAGCCAGUGAGGGAGCAGUGCCCAUGACCAGAAACCAGAAUCUGAUCACAUGGAGAGUGUCAGAACUGACAGAAUGGGACAUAAAGCCAGUCUGCUACAUAAAUCCAACUAAUAGUGCACAGUGUGAAGUACAUCUCCCAGUCACCGUUUACAAGACUCCAGACAGUGUGUUCAUCAGCACUGUGAAUCACAGAGGACCAAUGAUGGAGGGACAGCAGUAUGAGCUCCAGUGUGAUGUUCACAAUGUGGCUCCUGUUCAGUAUCUCACUGUCAAAUGGUACAAAGGACAGACUCUGCUGCAUCAAACCACCUUCACUGACAACAUCAAGACUCCAGAGAAUAAAACUGUCACACUCCUGAUCCGUCCAGACAGAGCUGAUGAUGAAGCUGAAUACUGGUGUGAAGCAGAGCUGGAUCUGGGAGCAGAUGGACCUCAACCUCAUCCUACUAUUUCAGCAAAACCUCUUAAUGUCGAAGUAUACUAUAAACCAAAACACUCCAAUUCAACAGAGACCAUCAUUCAAGACGAUAAGGACAUGCUAGAUUGUACAGUGAAGGUAAACCCAGCUCCUACGUACACAUGGGAUCAUCUGAAAGAGAAGAUCAGCUCCUCAGUGCUCAAGUCCUCAGCACUCAGUUCAGGAAACUACACGUGCACCGCCAAAAACAUUCUGGGAAGAGACAGCAAAGUGUUCAUCGUCAAAUCUACAGAAACGCCGCUUGAACAUCAGCGCAGUGUGAGGAGAGCUCCCUUCUCUGGCCUCCUUCCAGGGAACCAACAUGUCCAAUGACCCCCCUCCUCCUUACCCAGGGGGCCCCAGUGCCCCGCU